AUGUCGACAUACAACUACGCACCUCCUCCUCCUCCGCCCCCUACUUCUGGCGGUGCCAGCUACGGACAGUCGAAUUCGACCCCCUACAGCCAGAAUCGCGGCGGCGGAUCAGGCAGCCGUCGGGGUGGCCACUACCACGGGGGACGUGGCGACUAUCAUAGCUCGCAGCCGCGAUAUGAAUACACUGGGCAGCCAUACCCUGCCCAACACGCAGUGCCGUAUGGGAGCGCCCAUCCUCCAGCGAAUGGCUAUCCAGCUCCUCAGCCGCAGUGGGCUCCAGAGCAUGGCCAUGCUCCUACACACCAUGCCCACCCUCAUGCUCCUGUUCCGCUCUCUGCGUCGAAUUACCAUCCAAACUACGCUCCUCAGCCAUAUCCCCCGUCUCAGUACCCCCAGCAGACUGCUUAUCCCGCCCCUCAACCUUACCCCUAUCAAGCCCCCCCUCCUCCCCCGAAUCAACCCCAGUGGAACAGUCAAGGAGCUCCCCAGGCAUUCGGGGGUGGUAGCAGAGGCCGCGGAGGCUACGGCGAUCGUGGAGGCCACAAACCGUCUCAUGGAGUACCGCCUGUCCGUCACGGCCAUGAGUAUGAUGCGGCACCUCCUCCGAUGAUUAGCGGUUUCCCUCAGCAGUACCCCCCUGACCCUCGAGUUGCUCAUUAUCCUCCGCCGCAAUAUGCUUAUGCAGCACCUCCACCACCUCCCGCCACCUCUCGCCACCAAGAUUCCUCACAUAACCAGUACUCUCGUCGAGGGCGAGGUGGGCAUAGAGAUGGUAGCAACAAGGGGCGAGGCGGUCAUCAUUCCCAUCACCAUCAUGGAGCCGGUGAAAAGUCACGCCCCCCAAAGCCACCGAGUAGCAGCGUUGACAGUGUUGUAAAGCCCGACAAGCCCGAAUCUCCCUCGGCUGGCAAAAAGAAGAAGAGAAAGACCAACACCCUAGGCUUGACCCCUGGAGUUGAUUCUGAAACGGAAGAUGACGAGGGAGAAGAAAAGACACUCACUGAGCUCAUUGGCCAGGAAGCCCUCAACAUUAGCGAUGUUGCGGCGUUCAUUGCAGAGCGAAAGAAGAAGUUUCCCACCAGAGCGCGCGUCGAAGCCAAAAAGGCCGCCGAGUUGGCGCAAAGAGAAGAGGACAAGGCUGCCUCUCUGGAGAAGGAGGCUGAUAGACUGAGAAAGCAACUGCGCAAAGUCGAGUUUUCCAUCAAAAGGAAGCGAGAGCAGGGUGACGAGGGUGACGAGAUGCGAGAUCCCUCUGAAGACUCCUCGGAUGAUGAGCCAGAAGUCAUGUCUAGCCGUAACAAAACGGCGCCUACUCCUCCUCCCUCGGCCAACAAGGCUGAUAUUACCAGACACUGCAAAUAUUACUCUACCGGUGGAACUUGCGGGAAGAAGGGCAAGUGCCGCUUCGUUCAUGAUCCCCAAGCCAGGGAAGCGGCCAUCAAAGAACGCGAGGCCAACAACGGUCGUUUAACCAUCCAGCAGCGGUUGAUUCUAAACGACAAGGAGCAAGAAGACUUGGCUAUCCUCCAGUCCAUCCAGUAUCUUCGCGAAAAGGGCCUCAUGAACACUGCUGGCGCAUCAGCGGCGAGCCAGGCCAGCGGCGAAGAAAAGCGCACGCUCGCAUCCACUUCUACACCUGCUUCUGCAUCCACACCUGCUUCAACGUCUGCGCCUGCUUCUGUUUCUGCUUCUACACUGCCACCCUCUACGUCUUCCCUUCCUGCUAUCCCUCCGCAGCCUGCCAAGAGGGAGCCGCCUCGCAGAAGCAACCCGCCUCCCUCCAUCAUACCCACCGCCAAUAGUAUCAGCGGUCAGGGGGUCCGGCACUAUCAAGGUUGGCUCCUCAAGCCGUAUGGCAGCUCAAGUGGCAAGCAAUCACAGAGCGACGAUCUUCCUUGA